AUGUCCGAGUCCAACUCGACUCACCAGUUCCCGUCGCCCAUUGGCGGGGUGCCGCUCCCCAUCGAUCUCGUGCCCUCGGUCAUUUUCUGCGUCCUCUACGCCGCCGUAUUUUCCCUCAUGACCUACCGCAUCGUGCGCCGCCACUCGCGCACCUUCGUAACUAUCGGUACGCUCUUCUUCUGCCUCGAACGGUACAGCUGUCGGCUUCGCAUCCGCGCCGUCGCGUCCCAACACCCCGGCCUGCGCAACAACCUCAAAUUCCUCACGUACCUCCAGACCUCCCUCGCAGGCGGCUUCCUCACCGUCGGCGGCGACGUCACGAACCUCAUCCGCGCGCUCCUCGUCGGCUCCACGCUCGGCUCGGACAUGCUCCCGCUCCACCCGAAGCUCACCCCCGCGCACGCGCGCGCCGGCGCCGCCCCCGCGCGGAGCUCGAGCACCUUCCUCUCCGCGCACCCCGGCGCGAACCCGGAGGGCCCCGCGCACGAGCUGCAGGCGCGCGGCGGGGACGCGGGGAGCUGGGGGACGGCGAGCCUCGACGAGGCCCUCGCGGACCACCCGCGGAUGCGGUUCUGGCUGCGGCAGGCGUGCGGCGCGACCGCGCUCCUCUUCCUGGGCGGCGUCGGGCUCGCGAUCGUCGCGGGUGUCAACUUCAAGCACGCGGUGCUCACGGGGGAGCGAUCCACGCUGAUCCGGGUUGCGUGGUGCGUGUAUGGGAGCGCGGCGCUCGCGCUCGCGCUGUUGUCGUGGAUCCACCUCGUCCUCUGCUGGGCGCUCUUCCGCCUCCCCCGCGUGCCGACGCGGUCCGUCGCGUGGUCGCUGCUCAUCACGUCCCUCCUCCUCUUGACGUGCAUCUACCGCAUCGACGUGCUCAAGUGCUCGACGACCGCGCUGGACGCGACCGGCCGCUGCUCGAACAACUCCCCCGUCGAGAAGGCGCUCUUCUGGCUGUUCCACGUCGGCGCCGAGUUCGGCGCCGUCGCCGUCCUCGUCAGCCUGAACUCCGUGAAGACGUUCGGCUCCGGCCUGUGGGGCGACGUCAAGAACACGGACCCGAAGCCGGAGCCCCCGCGGGAGUCGACCGCGACGGAGGCGUGA